CCAGGGGUCGUCAUGUUCACACGGGCGGCUGUACUCUAGGAGGCGUGCAACGUUUAAGUUCCGCCCGAAGAAGCACGCCAAGCACAAGCACACUCUCCUUCCACUCUCAACCAUGACCGACCUCUGCGUGCUCUUCUUCCUCCUCAUCACUUCCCUCCCGAUCUCCAUUGCUUCACCUCCUCACAAGCUCCGUCUCUCCGCUUCAGACGUAGCCACGCUCGAAGCGGCUGCGCCACCACGGCCGGAUCAGCCGACCACCGUCUUCGAGGUAGACCGGCCGCACCGGCCACCGCCGGGCAGCUUCGGCCCGUGUUCCACGCUCCUCCUCUCACACUCCUUCGCGUUCACCUACACCAAGCCUCCGGUCACAGCCGCCUACUCCCCGCCCCCUUGCCUGGCCGCCGCGGGCGGACGCGCCUCGGUGAUCUCCCUUGCCGUUCUUGAGUGGCGCGCCACGUGCCGGGGCGUCCAGUACGACCGCAUCUUCGGAGUCUGGCUCGGCGGAGCCGAGCUCCUCCGCAGCUGCACCGCCGAGCCGCGGCUGGACGGCGUCAUCUGGUCCGUCUCCAAGGACAUCACCAAGUACUCGUCGCUCCUCACUGCCCGCAACUCCACCCUCGCCGUGUACCUCGGCAACAUCGUCAACGACCAGUACACCGGCGUCUACCACGCCAACCUUACCUUGCACCUUUACUUCCACCACCCGCCGCCGCCGCAGCCCGGGUUGGGGCCCGCCGACGUCGUCGUUCCUAUCUCGCAGAGCCUGCCGUUGAACGACGGGCUGUGGUUCCAAAUCAAUAACGACUUGGACGUAGGGUCAGCGAGCCUCGCCGUCCCGACCAACACUUACCGUGCCGUUCUUGAGGUGUACCUCUCCUACCACUCCGACGAUGAGUUCUGGUACACGAACACACCCGAUCCGUUCCGCGAGGUCACCGUUCAGAUCGACGGGGACCUCGUCGGCGCCGUGUGGCCGUUCCCCGUGGUCUACACCGGCGGCAUCCACCCGCUCCUCUGGCAGCCGAUCACUGGCAUCGGCUCGUUCAACCUCCCGUCCUACGACAUCGAGGUUACGGCUUUCUUGGACAAGCUGUUGGACGGCAAGGAGCACGAGUUCCAGUUCGCGGUGACCAAUGCCCAGGACGUGUGGUUCGUCGAUGCCAACCUCCACCUCUGGCUGGACCCCAGGAGCACGGCGACGGCGGCGAGCAUCACCAGCUACGAUGCCCCGCCGCUGGACAAGAACAUCGCAUUCCGGCCCGAGGGCCCCGGCAACGCGUUGUACUACACGACGGCGUUCCGGCACAUCUCCGCCUCGGGGUGGGUGCAGACAUCGUCGUACGGCAAGAUCACAGCGACGUCGAAGCAGAGGCUGAGCUACGAGAACACGAACGUGAUCCAGGGCAACGGUGGCCCGAUGGUCAACCAGACCACCGACGCGUACUCCGGCGUCCACGUCACCGACCACGCCGGUGUGCUGUACUCGCAGGAGGCGCAGCAGAGCUUCGCGCUCUACAUGUUCGUGGGUGUGGUGAACCAGACCUCCAACAGCUCGUACACCCUGGCGAGGAACGUGCAGCUAGGGUUCGGCGAGGAGAGAGUCGCUGCCGGCCGGGCGGGGUUCUGGUCCCGAUCGCUGAGCAACGCGCAGGACUGCGCCAUGGACGUGGACGUGGAGGACGGGGACGGCGUCGGGGUGUCGUUGGGCACGCACCAGACGUAUAGGUACGAGGCCACCGACGCCUGCUACUUCCGGAACUUGACCAGUCGUGGAUACGCCGUGACAUCCGACCACUCCGAUGAGGCCUGCGUCAAGGGGUCGCCUGCCGGCGGCGUUGCGCAGUUGGCGGCGGCUCAGCUCGUGAGAAGCUGAUCCUUCAGCAAUGGACCAAUCAACUGCGAAUUUCUGGUGCUUCCUUUUCUAUUGACCGAAAGAGCGAGCCCCGAGAUCCCUACAUACGUGUGUUAAUUUACUAAGCGGUGAGCAUAAGAUGUAUCAUUUGCAGUGAAGAGAGACACCAU